CUGUCUCGGCCGGCGCCGCCACCUUUACCGGCAAAGGAACAACGAGAGUUCGAGAAGCUCGUACGCGAGAAGCAGAAUCUCAGCCCAUUCUCAAAGAACAAGUCUAUGGAUGCCGAGGAACUGCAUCCGCACGCUCGGAGAAAUCCGGAUCCAGACUUUGAAGGCGAUACCAAUCCCCUGACGGGCGAGGUGGGUGGGCCAAAGAAAGACCCGCUCUCCUGGCAGCGAGAGUGGACCUAUGGCGGACGCGCCACAGACUUCUGA